CAGACUAGCAGCCCGAGGGAGUCAAGCUGUCAAUCCAUCCAGCGUUUGUUAGGGAGAAAAGACAAAUGCACAGUGAGUAAAAUUUAUAGAGAUAAAAUACUGUAAAAGUGGUAUCAGCAAGCAGCAGCCAACAAACCUCAACUCGCCGCAAACUGACACGAACACCAGCGCUACUCAUACGACACCACACCACCGCCGUGGCUCCUUCCUCAUUGUGGUUUCCUCAGCGACUACUUUUUUAACAGUUGUUCAUCGCAUUGAGGAAGGGAGGCCGGCUGGUGCUACUGCUUUUCUAGUACCUGCCCACCUGCACUUGCAUCUCCUGCUUCCCUGAGCGGCCUCCCGGCUGCGAAUCCACCAGCAUUUCCCGAGGCCCAGCGCCGCGUGUGCCUGUGGGGCGGAGUCAGGAAAUGCUCGGAGCUCCAUUCCACGGCUGAAACUUCUGGGAAGGUUUAAGGUUGCUGUUCCUAGUACCGAGAAGUGAAUGUUCGGUUCAGAAAUGUUGUUGUGGGCGGUUCCAUUCUAUUUUAUUUGAGAACUGCGCCCACUAGAUCUGAGCACGAGGAGGAAUUUUUGUGUGGGUAGUACCUCGGCGUGCGAAUCUUUUCCCCCCUCGCGGCGCUGUCAGUUGGAGGCUUGGAGCGAGUCGCUGGAGUACUCGCAGUUUUAAUCCUUUUUUCCUUUUUGUUUUAAAUUUUUGUAUAUUAUCAGGUCCCCUUUGGACUGUAGGGAAAUAAAUCCUAUUUUCUGCAUAUUUUCUAUGAAAACAAACUGAAUCCUGUGACAUGAAGCCUUAAUCUAUUAAUUAUUUCUUUAUUUUUUAGAUUUAUAAGUUUGCCUAGAACAAGUUACGCCAAAAUAGGUUAGACAACAAAAACUUAUGUGAAUAAUUAUGUUAUUAGUAAAAAUUAUUAGAUAAAAUGUGCUGGAAAAUUUUGUGUUGACAAAUUGUUGUGAUAUGUUUGUCUGCUAACAACCCUGAACAAAAAUUAAGUUAUAAAGGUAUAGAAAAAUUGUCAUGGUAAGUCAUCUUUAGAAUUACGAAAAAAGACUAUAAAAAUAGUUAUGAAUUAUGAUAAGAAAAACUGGACAUAAUAUUUAUAUCUAGAUACAUGGUAAGAAAAACUUGAUAUUCUAGUAGGCCUGCUUAUUUUAGGUUGCUUUUACUUCCUCCCUUUUCAAACCUUGCUGAUGCCAUCCAGGCUGUAAAUCCGUUGAGGCUAUCCCUGUAAUCUUCUUACUUAAAGUAGCAUCAUGUUACGCAUAUUUGUAUUUUCUGAUGCAAGAUCUGCAUCUGAUUGAAGGAUACAUCACCCUUGCUUCUCUUUGACUUCCCUGUCUUAUGGCCAACAUUUCUUAUAAAAUUUUGUUACCUCAACUACAAGUAGUUUUAAUCUUGUUGAACUUUCUUUUUUAGAAAUGAACACUCCCUUGAAAUAUUGCGCUAUCAGAAUGCGUGUCUCCUCUUGUUUUUGUUUUACUUGACUAAUUAUAGAUAGAUAAUAAAGGGCCAUUCUUUUUUUUAGAUUACAGAAUAUAAGCAUUCCAGCCUUUACAUUCACAAGUGAGCUUAUGGCCAAACAAUACAAGAAGGGUACUUAGACCAAAUUCCACUAAACAGACACGGAAAAGGUCCAAGACAUAUCGCCACUCAAAGUGUCAAUACAAAGAGCCCAAAGACCACAACACCUAGCCAAAGAAAACGACAAUGGAAAAAAAAAGAUUAUACACUCAUAUCCUUCUCUGGUUUUUCACACACUGGCUCCAUUCUAACAUCAGGCCUUCUAGUUGCCUGCAACCUUCUCUCAAAAUUCAUCUCUCUUCUCUUUCGACAGCAGGGACCAUUGCCUGAUCCAAUGUGCCUUUGGAACACUGCAUCAUUUCUAUUUAUUCAACCAUAAGACCCAACACAUUGCUUCUAUCCCCAGUUCCCCACUACUAUUUGAUUUCUGAGCCCUGGAGCGAAGCUCCAUAACCAAGAUCCAAACAUGUGAAGUGUGCUUCUUGGUGGUUGAUGUUAAAAAUGAUGAAGAGAGAAUUGCAUAAAAAUCUAGCCACACAGCAAUCGAAAAGAAGGCCUUGAAUAGUUUCUUCUAAGCCACAAAAACUACACUUAGAAUCUCCUUUCCACCCUCUCUUUGCUAAAUUGUCUUUUGUUAAAAGUUAAAACCACCCCUCUCUUCAAGCACCACAAUAAAAUUUUAAUUUUCAAGGGCAGUUUUUCUUUCCAGAAGACUUCUUUCCCUGAAAUUCACUCAUUCUUCAUUAUUUCUCUAUACAUUGAAUGUGUUGAAAAAACUCAAUUUUUCUUUGUUAGCCAAACCUUGUUGCAGUUUAGGGAGACCGGCAGCACUAAAGAAACUAGCCUGAGCCUCUCUUUCAGCCUCUCACCCACUAUCGUGAGGGCAUUUUGUACCUUCCAAGAAAGAGAGUAAGGAGAACUUGACCUCAGCGCUAGAGAAGAAUAUGGCAGCCACUGAAGCUGCCACGGACACAGGCAGUUCAAGGAGGUCACAAGAUGACACUACAACAUUAGUCCCACACAGUGGGAAUUUGGGAGAACCAAUCCAGAAGGGCGUGAAGACCACCAGAUUCAAAGAUGAUGACGAGGUUGUGGAAAUCACCAUUGUACAGCGCGAUUCAGUGGCAAUCGAAGAUGUCAGGGUAGUCGAUGAUGGUGGCUCAGGGCAUAGUAAUGGGUUUGAUGGCCUGUCACUUGUGUCACCUUCCUCAUCAAGGAGCGGCAAGCUAUCAUCAAAGAUUAGGCAAGUGAAAAAUGGACUAAAGAUGAAGAACUCAAGCACUAAGGCGCCACAGACACAGUUGGGAAAGAACAUGAGGAAGAGAUUGGACAGAAGCAAGAGCGGGGCUGCUGUAGCGCUCAAGGGCUUGCAGUUUGUGACUGCAAAAGUUGGUCAUGAUGGCUGGGCUGUAGUGGAGAAACGGUUCAACGAGCUACAGGUUGAUGGUGUGCUGCUACGUUCAAGAUUUGGGAAAUGCAUUGGGAUGGAUGGAUCUGAUGAGUUUGCAGUGCAAUUGUUUGAUUCAUUAGCAAGAAAGAGAGGGAUAACAAAGCAGGUGCUGACUAAAGAUGAGCUCAAAGAUUUCUGGGAGCAACUCAGUGAUCAGGGUUUUGACAACCGUUUACAGAUAUUCUUUGACAUGGUUGAUAAGAAUGCCGAUGGAAGAAUCACAGAAGAGGAGGUUAAGGAGAUUAUUACCCUCAGUGCAUCAGCAAACAAACUUUCCAAGCUCAAGGAACGAGCUGAUGAGUACACGGCACUCAUAAUGGAAGAACUUGACCGUGACAGCCUUGGAUACAUUGAGCUUGAGGAUCUGAAGGCACUUUUGCUGCAAUCACCUUCUCAAGUUGUUGCAAGAUCAACAACGCAUAGCUCGAAACUUAGCAAAGCUCUUAGCAUGAAGCUUGCAUCAAACAAGGACACAGGUCCAUUUUACCACUACUGGCAAGAGUUCAUGUACUUCCUUGAGGAGAACUGGAAGCGCAUUUGGGUUAUGACUCUCUGGCUCUCAAUCUGCAUUGGCCUCUUUAUUUGGAAGUUCAUCCAAUACCGUAAUCGAGCAGUAUUUCACAUCAUGGGUUAUUGUGUGACCACUGCAAAAGGUGCUGCAGAGACCCUCAAAUUCAAUAUGGCCCUGGUUCUUUUUCCUGUUUGCCGAAAUACAAUCACAUGGAUUCGAUCAAAGACAAAGAUCGGUGCUGUUGUGCCCUUCAAUGACAACAUAAACUUCCAUAAGGUAAUAGCAGCAGGUGUUGCAGUUGGUGUUGUUUUGCAUGCAGGUGCUCACCUGACAUGUGAUUUUCCUCUGCUGCUGCAUGCAAGUGAUGCUGCCUAUGAACCAAUGAAGCCUUUCUUUGGAGACAAAAGGCCACCAAAUUACUGGUGGUUUGUAAAGGGAACUGAAGGGUGGACAGGUGUGGUCAUGGUUGUACUUAUGACUAUAGCUUUCGUAUUGGCCCAGCCAUGGUUUCGGCGUAAUAAGCUCAAGGAUUCUAAUCCCCUCAAGAAAAUGACUGGCUUCAAUGCCUUUUGGUUUACUCACCACUUAUUUGUUAUUGUGUAUGCACUGCUCAUUGUCCAUGGGACCUGUUUAUAUCUAAGCAGGAAAUGGUACAAGAAAACGACAUGGAUGUACCUUGCUGUCCCUGUGCUCUUGUAUGUAAGUGAGCGCAUUCUUCGGCUAUUUAGGAGCCAUGAUGCUGUUAGGAUUCAGAAGGUUGCAGUAUAUCCAGGGAAUGUUUUGGCUCUCUAUAUGUCCAAGCCACCUGGAUUCAGGUAUCGGAGUGGGCAGUAUAUCUUCAUAAAAUGCAGUGAUGUCUCUCCAUACGAAUGGCACCCAUUUUCGAUUACAUCAGCACCAGGAGAUGAUUAUCUUAGUGUCCACAUUCGCACAAGGGGUGAUUGGACUUCACGUCUUAGGACUGUCUUCUCUGAGGCAUGCCGCCCUCCAUCUGAUGGAGAAAGUGGACUCCUUAGAGCUGACCCUUCCAAGGGGAUCACCGAGACCAACGCGAGGUUCCCGAAACUCUUGAUUGAUGGACCAUACGGUGCUCCAGCGCAAGACUAUCAGGAAUAUGAUGUGCUCCUGCUCAUUGGACUGGGCAUUGGAGCCACACCAUUGAUUAGCAUUGUGAAGGAUGUACUUAACCACAUCCAGCUUGGAGGAUCUGUUGCAGGCACGGAGCCUGAGGGCAGUGGCAAGGCCAAGAAGAGGCCAUUCAUGACAAAGAGGGCCUACUUCUACUGGGUGACCAGGGAAGAGGGGUCCUUUGAAUGGUUCCGAGGGGUCAUGAAUGAGGUGGCUGAGAAGGACAAGGAUGGAGUCAUUGAACUCCACAACCACUGCUCGAGUGUGCACCAGGAAGGGGAUGUACGUUCUGCCCUCAUUGUCAUGCUCCAGGAGCUCCAGCACGCGAAGAAGGGAGUCGACAUCUUGUCUGGAACUAGUGUCAAGACGCAUUUUGCACGGCCGAAUUGGCGAAGCGUCUUCAAACAUGUUGCAGUGAACCACGAGAACCAACGCAUCGGAGUUUUCUACUGUGGUGAGCCCGUCCUUGUGCCACAGCUACGGCAGCUGUCAGCGGACUUCACCCACAAGACAAAUACUAAGUUCGAGUUCCACAAGGAGAACUUCUAAUGGAGGAACUGGAGAAAAGCUCUAGGCGUGGCCCUCUAAUGGUUUCAGAAUAUGUGAAUUACGAUGGUUGUAACAUAUAUACGAGUAGAAGAAUAAGACGAUGGGAGUUGUUUUGUUGUACAUGUCAAGAGUAGAUGAAUUGUCUUUGCAAGCAUACAACCUUAAAAGUUGUAACACAUGUCAGCUGGUUUUGACAGGUCUGUUUGUUUUGUCUGCUCCUGUUGGAGUGUUGGGCAUACACUGCUUCUGUCUUUUAAAGCACCACCACUACAUUGAAAGCCCUGAGGAAGGUAUUUUACGGCACAAAUGAGUCAGGUUCACUUGUGAAUUGUGAUCCUCAACUCCUGAUGCUGAGUAACUGGUUGUGCCUUCCGUAAGUUUGCUCAAAAUGUAUGUUAAAUUUUAUGUUGCUUGA